UAGGAGGCACGUGGAGCCCCGCGGCUGCCAUUUCUUGCCGCUGCUCGGUUGGCGCAAGGCUCCCGCGAGCCUGAAGGCGGAGUCUUAAGUGCGGCGCGUGCCUCUUAGAGAGGGGGAGGGCGAGCUGAGAACGUUUGCAAACCAACCGCAGGAAACAAACGGGCAGUAACAGAGGGAGGCGGCUGAGCUCAUAAUCCCACAACAAUCCCACUCCCGGGGCCGGGCUGCAGCAUGGAAAAAGGGAUGCAGGAAGAAAGUCCCCGAGAACAGCACCGCCUCCUGCAUCCCACAGCUUUGCAGGGCACAUCCUGCGUGGACCACAUUAUCUUGCACCCUCUAUCUGGUCAGGGGAUCAAGGACUCUCCCCUGUUGAUCUUCCCCUCUAAGCAAGGUAUCCAGCAUCACCUUUUGCAACCCCUGUCCCCCAAGCCCGGUGCCUUCCAUAGGGAGGGGAAACCCCCACAGCCUGGAGAAGAUUCCUGCAAAGAGCAGCAGCUUGGGGGAGAACAGGCUUGCCUCAGCAGGCAGCUUUUCCAGCCCAUCGUUAGUCUGGAGCCUGUGGAUUUUGAGGAGCAGGGUGAGGUCCAGGAGAAGGAUCAGCAGAAGGAGGGACAAGCAAGAGGUGAGGAGUGGAAGCAAGAGAGCCAGGCACUCUUAACCAGCAGCAGCAACAAGAAAAAGAGAGGGGACCACAAAGCUGCAGGCUGUCAUGGAGAGAAGGAAGAGGGCAUUGGUAAAACAAAGAAUGCAGCGGAAAUCAAAGUGGGGAAUGGAGAAGAGACAGAUGAGAUCAAAAAAGAGACAAACAGUAAAGAAAAUUGUGAUGCUGAAACUUUGAAGUCUGAAGAAGAAGAGCCCAUCAAAAUUGAACUGAUGGAGCCUUCUGAUGAGGACUAUCAGGGGAGAGAGGAAGUGGCAUCCAAACCUCAAGCAUCCUCCAAUGGCCCAGCUCAUGUGAGCAAAGAUGCUGCCUUGUCUCAACCUCUUGGGGCACAGCAUCCUCAAGAACUGAAGAUUCCAAUGACCCUCCAUCCAGUCCCCCCUGGGGCCAGGAUCCAGUUCCAAGGACCACCUCCAUCAGAGCUCAUAAGAGUGACUAAAGUGCCUGUGACACAAGUGCCCCUUAAAAUGCAGUCUUUGCUGGAGCCUUCAGUGAAAAUUGAAACAAAAGAUGUACCUCUCACAGUGCUGCCUUCAGAUGCAGGGAUACCAGAUACUCCAUUUAGCAAAGAUAGAGAUGGCCAUGUCAAGCGACCUAUGAAUGCAUUUAUGGUGUGGGCAAGAAUUCAUAGACCAGCCUUGGCCAAAGCUAACCCUGCUGCCAAUAAUGCAGAAAUAAGUGUCCAACUUGGACUGGAGUGGAACAAACUCACCGAAGAGCAAAAGAAACCUUAUUAUGAUGAAGCUCAGAAGAUUAAAGAAAAACAUAGAGAAGAAUUUCCAGGUUGGGUUUAUCAACCAAGACCUGGUAAGCGGAAGCGGUUCCCCUUGACAGUCUCCACUGUAUUCUCCGGCACUACUCAGAAUAUCAUUGCUACGAGUCCAAUGUCAGCCUCCACUGUCUUUACUGGAACCUCUCAGAAUAUCAUUACUACAAAUCCAACAACCAUAUACCCUCUCCGAUCACCCACUUAUUCUGUAGUCAUACCCAGCGUACAGAACAGCAUUGGACACCCAGUCUGUGAAGCCCCUUCUACUCUCCAGCUGCCAGCUCCUUCUGCUCAGCAUCCAGGCCCCAUUACACUGUUCCAGCCCAAUGUAGGAAGCACACCACAACUGACUGCCCCAGCUGCAAACUUGCCAAUCCGUCCAGUGCUUCAGCCUCAACAUUUUGCUGUACCUUCAUCCACAGAAACCCACCAUGUAUCUUCAGGAACAAAUUGCUUUGUAAAGAGACCCACCCAAGUUGCAAUUGAGAGUGCAAGCAGGAACCCAAAUAAUACCAACACUGCACACUCAAGAUAUGGUGUCUCUAAUAAUCAAGCCCCUAAGGAGUACUCAGGUGUUUCUUCCUGUUCUAGAAAUGGACCCAUUCCCCAAGCUCCUCCCAUCCCCCAUCCACACGUCUAUCAGCCUCCUCCCAUUGGUCAUCCAGCCACUCUAUUUGGAGCUCCUCCUCGAUUUUCAUUUCACCAUCCAUACUUCUUACCUGGACCACAUUAUUUCCCAUCAAGCACGUGUCCAUACAGCCGUCCUCCUUUUGGCUAUGGGAACUUCCCCAGCUCCAUGCCUGAAUGCCUUGGCUUUUAUGAAGACCAGUAUCAAAAACACGAGGCUAUGUUUUCUGCUCUAAACAGAGACUAUCCCUUUAGAGAAUACCCUGAUGAGCACAUGCGUAGUGAAGAUUCUCGCAGUUGUGAGAGCUUGGAAGGGACAUCCUAUUACAGCAGCCACAGUCAAACAGAAGAGGAAUACUUAAACCCUAUGCCUCAACUGGACAUCGGGGCCCUUGAGAAUGUUUUUACAGCAACCCCAUCCACACCCUCGAGUAUUCAGCAAGUUAAUGUCACGGAUAGUGAUGAUGAUGAAGAAGGAAAGGUUUUGAGAGAUCUGUAAUUUUAAAAACCAAAUGGUAAUAUCCAGCAUAAUUUUUUAAAACAAAAGAUGAAAUAAAACAUGUUGGUCAUAUAACAGUGUUUUAGUGAGUGUGGUUAAGAAGCCGUAAUAAAUCCAGAUUAAAACUUUUUAUGCCAAAUGGGAAAUUUUCCUGGGCAGUGUGAGAUGUUGUGCUCACAGGAAUUGUGUCCGCUUACUUCUGCUUUCAGAGAUUGCACUUGCCAGUUCUUGUCUGUAUUUUUUAUUACAUGUGUCUGGUUCCUCACUUGUGCUGGCAGGUGACAGUUCUAAUACUGCAUUGCCAGAUGAAUUGUACCAAAAUAUACAUGUAUAGAUGACACCAUUCCCCAGCCCUCUGUUGAUCAGUCAUAACUGGCAUCACUUAAGAAGGGCAGACUUUAUUAUCCUAAAUAGAAUCUUUAUUAUUUGUGUUUCUAGGUAACACAGUGGGAUUUUUAUCUUGUUUCUUCUGGGUCCCUGUUUAGCAAAUGAAGUUAUUCUAUUUUGGCAUUUCCUUUUUGUGUCCUGAAUGCAUAUUCUGUUGCCCUUCAAUAGAAAAUUUCCCAGAUUUUAAAAUCUGGCCUUCUUCUGCAAGAGAAUUGAUAUUUUAAAACUCCUACAGUGUUAAAUGUUUCUAAUCAUAAAUUAGAGUGAAUCUAUCUCAUAUCUAAUGUACAGAUGAGCUAUGAUUCUAUGCCAGAGUCUAAAUAACUCUAAUGCAUUUUUUUAAAAAGCAGGAUGUUUAAGAAGAAACAGGUGUAAGGGAAGAGAAAAUGUUGCUAACCUAUUUGUUCAUGUUACAAAACAUUUGUUUUCAUCGUUUUCUUUGUUUUGGGGAUUUGUAGUACAUUUGUUCAAUUUUUUACAUUAAAAUAAAAUCACAUGAA